AACAACUUUCUAAAGUAAUAUAGAUUUAAUCAUAGUACAAUGCGUGAGAUUGUUCAUCUUCAAGUUGGACAGUGCGGUAACCAAAUCGGAUCUAAGUUUUGGGAGGUGAUUUCCGAUGAGCAUGGAAUCGAUCCAACAGGAGCAUAUCGUGGUGAUUCAGACCUACAGCUGGAACGUAUCACUGUUUAUUAUAAUGAAGCUAUGGGAGGAAAAUAUGUUCCACGAGCGAUACUUGUUGAUUUGGAACCAGGAACAAUGGAUAGCGUCCGUGCAGGUCCAUUCGGCCAGCUAUUUCGUCCAGAUAAUUUUGUGUUUGGACAGAGUGGUGCAGGAAAUAACUGGGCAAAAGGUCACUAUACUGAAGGUGCCGAACUGGUUGAUUCCGUACUGGAUGUCAUGCGUAAGGAGGCAGAGAACACGGAUUCCCUUCAGGGAUUCCAACUAACUCAUUCACUUGGUGGUGGAACUGGUUCUGGUAUGGGGACACUGUUGAUCUCGAAAAUUCGUGAAGAAUAUCCUGAUCGAAUAAUGAAUACAUUUUCAGUUGUCCCGUCGCCUAAGGUUUCAGAUACUGUUGUUGAACCAUACAAUGCUACACUCUCCGUCCAUCAACUCGUUGAAAACACUGAUGAAACCUUCUGCAUCGACAACGAAGCACUCUAUGAUAUUUGCUUCAGAACACUAAAGUUAACCAACCCAACAUACGGUGACUUGAACCACUUGGUCAGUGCAACGAUGUCUGGAGUGACAACGUGCUUGAGAUUCCCUGGUCAGUUGAAUGCCGAUCUGCGUAAACUGGCAGUGAACAUGGUUCCGUUCCCACGUCUUCAUUUCUUCAUGCCUGGUUUCGCGCCACUCACUAGUCGUGGCAGCCAGCAAUAUCGUGCACUGACUGUGCCAGAACUCACUCAGCAAAUGUUUGAUGCUAAGAAUAUGAUGGCUGCUUGUGAUCCUCGACAUGGACGUUAUUUGACUGUAGCUGCCAUCUUUCGUGGACGUAUGUCAAUGCGUGAAGUAGAUGAACAGAUGAUGAAUGUGCAGAAUAAGAAUUCGAGCUACUUCGUUGAGUGGAUUCCGAAUAAUGUGAAGACAGCCGUUUGUGACAUUCCACCACGUGGAUUGAAGAUGUCUGUGACGUUCAUUGGUAAUAGCACUGCUAUUCAAGAGUUGUUCAAGCGUGUUUCUGAGCAGUUCACUGCUAUGUUUCGUCGUAAAGCAUUUUUGCACUGGUACACAGGUGAAGGUAUGGACGAAAUGGAGUUCACUGAGGCUGAAUCGAAUAUGAAUGAUUUGGUGAGUGAAUAUCAACAAUACCAAGAUGCGACAGUCGAUGAUGGUGAAUUUGAAUAGGAUACUUGAUUUUUAUGUUCACUUGUACGCUGUAAACUAACCGUGUGUAAAUUGACAACAGUUCGGGAUUAUUUUGAUGUUUUUGUUACUUCCAAGUAGUUGAAUACGUUCAUGAAAAUUUUACUGGAUGUCAUAUUUAAAAUACGAAAGGUGGGAUCUGUAUUUUCCCAUUAGCCAAUCGCUGAACCAAUAAAAUCCUUUUUUAUUAA